CCUGUUGUUCAACAUUGCCAAGGGAGAUGUCUUUGGCAAAGAUCAGCCAAUCACCUUGCUCCUUUUGGACAUAACACCAAUGUUACCAGUCCUGGAUGGCGUUGUCAUGGAGCUGCAGGACUGUGCCCUCUCGCUACUGAAAGAGAUUAUUCCCACUGACAAGGAGAGAGUGGCCUUCAAGGACCUGGACGCUGCCAUCUUGGUCAGCUCAAUGCCCAGGAGGGAGGGCAUGGAGAGGAAAGACUUACUCAAAGACAACGUGGCCAUCUUCAAGAGCCAGGGAGCCGCCCUGGAGAAGUAUGCCAAGAAGACUGUGAAGGUGCUGGUUGUAGGAAACACCAACUGUCUGAUUGCAGCCAAGUCUGCUCCCUCCAUCCCCAAAGAGAACUUCUCCUGUCUCACCCGUCUGGGCCACAACAGGGCUCGCUCUCGGGUGGCGAUUCGCUGUGGCGUUCCUGCUACCAAUGUCAAGAACAUAAUCAUCUGGGGCAACAACUCGUCCACCCAGUACCCAGAUGUGCACCACUGCUUGGUCAACAUAUCCGGUAGUGAGCUCGCCUGCUUCGAUGCCGUCAAGGAUGAUGCCUGGCUCAAAGGAGAUUUCAUAGCUACAGUGAAGCAGAGAGGCGCUGCAGACACCAAGGCCAGGAAGCUGUCCAGUGCCAUGUCUGUCGCCAAGGCCAUCUGUGACCACAUGAGAGACAUCUGGUCAGGCACCCCCCAGGACGAGUUCACCUCUAUGGGCGUGUACUCCUCUGGAAACUCAUAUGGAGUCCCAGCAGACCUCAUCUAUUCAUUCCCAGUCCAGAUCAAGGACAAGAACUGGACGAUUGUGGACGGCUUGGCCAUCAAUGAUUUUUCCCGAUCGAGGAUGGACGCCACAGCAACAGAGCUGAUCGAGGAGAGAGACAUGGCGGUGUCUUUCCUGGGGUAUGACUAGACCCUGAAUGACUCUGUCUGCUGUUUAGUGGAAAAAAAGAAUGCAUCCAGUUUUUAUUUGGUUAUGGAUUAUUGCAUUGGUCUCAUAUUCAGUCGAGACCAGAAACACCUUUUUUGUACGUCGUGACACACAAGUGUCUCCACUCUAACUAUAGUCCACCAUCUGUUAC